ACCACCAGCGAUAUGAGAGGAGCCUUAUACUGUCCACUGCUGCUGUCUACAAUACUGCUGGCAACACACACUGAAGCUCUCCAGUGUUAUACCUGCAUGGGCUCCAAUAAUGAGGACUGUAACCGGCAAGGCUCCAAACCAUGUCCUAGUUUCUCCGACGCCUGUUCUGUGGUGCUUGGCCAUGAUAGUGGAGUGAUGAAGUCCUGCUCGUACAAGUCCUUCUGCAGUCAGGCCAACAGUCAGGGCUACCGGGCGCCUGGGGUCAAAGUUCACUGCUGCUAUAGCAACGACUGCAACGUGACCAACCUCUCCUCACGACCUCCUCGGCUCCAACGGCUCCUGCUGCUGCUACCUCUGCUGCUUCUCUGCCUCCUCAAAUAGGACUCAGGACUAACAAUGUCUCAUCAUCAAUCAUCACGACGUCAAAUGAUCUGCCUACAGAUGUUUUAAAGACCGUCUGACAACUGCUCCCUACAGGGUCUGAAAUGUUCACUCCACGUUUAUGUUUGUGCUUUCCUUUGCUGCUCUUGAUGACAUAA